AUGUUUGUUUUGUUUCAGGUAUGUAUGGGCCCCUUUACCUGCUUGACAGAAAAGGAUAGUGCUAUGGACGACGACGUUCAGGUUGCUGCCAUAGCUAGUUUUAGUAGUAGCUUUGACAACGAAAAAGAAGUAAAACCGUGGAUCGCCCGCCGUGAGUUGAAGAGGAUCUACAAUAACUUGGUCCAAGAACUGGCAGUGGAAGAUCAGAGAAGUUAUGUAAACUUUUUGAGAAUGGAUGAGGAUGAAACCCCAUCAGCACUGAGGAGCGGCUCAUGGUGA